AUGGGCUCCGAAAACCCCGGGGAAACAACAAUCGGCAUUGCCGCUCUGGUAGCGGCCGUUGCCGCCCUCCUCUUCGCCGUCGAUCAGACCAUUGCUGCGCUCGCCCAGUACAUCUCCGUUAGCAGUCGAUGCAGCAGACGUGUGAGCGGCGUGUUUGACCUCACAGCAGGCUUUUGGUUCCACCUUUCCUCGCUGUCGUGGAAUCCGCAAUAUCGAAUGCCGGUGCUCACCAUGCCGGGGUUGCGGUCAGAGCCAGUGGUAACCAUGGAGAGAGACCCCUCCAACGCCGAGUUCAGGCCUGGGAAGAACUACGACAAGAAGAGAAACGGAUAUCUCGACUAUGGCGUCCUGCGCGUGGUAGCGGGGAGUGAUGGAUCCAAGGUUCACAGGAAGUCAGCAUUUUACCGACAUUUCUUCGGGUCUUUUGCUGCCCACCGGCGUUUGCGUGCAGUUGCGCGUGCACAGGGUGCUGUGGCAUGGGUCGGCCUGAGGAGGAAGAGGAAGAACAAGAUAAACGAGACAGAUUUGACUGGUGCCGUCGGAAAAGGUCACGGGAGAUAUGCCUCGACUUGCUGA